CUAGCGGUCAGAACCAAUAUGGCUGCCCCCACUCUCGGGGAUGAGCAGCCCAGUGGCCAAUAGGGGAAGUGGGCCGCCACCUAGGAGUGAGUGAUGGCAGGGGUAGGGGGACCCAGGCCCUCCCUGCUCCACCAGAUCCUGGCCCAGGCCUUAUCAAUGGCAGUGUGUGCCACUACUGAGUCAGUGCGGCUCAAACUGAAACAUUCUAGCUUCUUGCAGGACUAUAACUAGUCUCCCCGGGCCGCUUCCGACCAUGUCUCUUGGCCCUGGUCUAUACUACGAGUUUAGGUCGAAUUUAGCAGCGUUAGAUCAAUUUAACCCUGUACCAGUCCACACGACUAAGCCAUUUUUGUCGACUUAAAGGGCUCUUAAAAUCAAUUUCUGUACUCCUCCCCAACGAGGGGAUUAGUGCUGAAAUCAUUGCUGGGUCAAAUUUGGGGUUGUAUGGAUGCAAUUCGGCGGUAUUGGCCUACGGGAGCUAUCCCAGAGUGCUCCAUUGUGACCACUCUGGACAGCACUUUCAACUCAGAUGCACUAGCCAGGUACACAGGAGAAGCACCAGGAACUUUUGAAUUUCAUUUCCUGUUUGGCCAGCGUGGUGAGGUCAUCAACAGAGGUGACCAAUACAGAGCUCUUCAGCACAGGUGACCAUGCAGUCCCAGAAUUGCAAAAGAGCUCCAGCAUGGACCGAAUGGGAGGUACUGGAUCUGAUCGCUGUAUGGGGAGACGAAUCCGUGCUAUCAGAAUUCCAUUCCAAAAGACGAAAUGCCAAAAUAUUUGAAAAAAAAAUCUCCAAGGGCAUGAUGGACAGAGGCUAUAACAGGGGCCCGCAGCAGUACCACAUGAAAAUUAAGAUGCUCAGGCAAGCCUACCAAAAAACCAAUGAGGCAAAUGGCCACUCCGGGUCAGAGCCCCAGACAUGCCGCUUCUAUGAUGAGCUGCAUGCAAUUCUAGGGGGUGCCCCUGCCACUACCCCACCCCUGUACGUGGACACCUGCAAGGGGGGAAUCUCAUGCAACAGGGAUGAGGAUUUUGGGAACAAGGAAGAUGAGGAGGAGGACGAGAAUGAAACCGUUCUCCCCGACAGCCAGAAACUGUUUAUCACCCUGGAGCCAAUACCCUCCCAAUCCUCCCAAGGCAUGCUCCCAGACCUUGAAGGCAGAGAAGGCACCUCUGCUGCAAAUGUUUCAACGCUCCCCCUAUCAUCUCCAUCCCAGUGGCUAGUGCAGAUAAGAAGGCGAAAAAAACCACACUUGCAAUGAAAUGUUCUCUGAGCUCAUGCAGUCCUCCUGCACUGAAAGAGCUCAGCAGAAUAGGUGGAGGCAAACAAUGUCAGAGUCCAGGAAAGCACAAAAUGAACGCGAG